GCCGUUCGUGCAUAUAUGUAUACAUAGUACCACAAGCCAUACCAUAGGUAGCCAUAGUGUGUGUACAUUCAGACACCAAGCAUAACACUACAACAUCAGACAACCAGGUCCUUGUCAGCUCACCCUACCGCCUAUUCACCCUAUCUACCCCGGACCUCCGAUCCUCUCAACAAUAAGGGCCACUCAUCGUACCUCUAUCGUAUCUCUAUCGUACCUAUUUACUCAUAAUCAUCCCAUACUCCCCCCCAUCUUCCUUACCUCCUUUGUUCUCUUUUCUACCUUUUGUAUUAAGCCAUUGAACCUUCCGACAAUUCAAACCGUCGUCCCAGUUUCUCCAAACUUAACAUCUUUAACAUAUACUGGUCCGUGCAUAUUAGAGCUUCCAACUCCUUCGAAAAGCUCCAACCAUGACUGCUGGUCCCCGCCUUACAGCUCCGGCUUCAAAGCUCAUCCGCUCAAUUAGCACCACAGCUACGGCCUCUGUGCCCAAGUCCAACACGUUACUUACGGGCUCCAAAAAUGCAGCUCCUCUGUCGAGGAAAUAUGCAGACCUCCUCAAGGAGAGGAAUAUAGAUCCGGAUCAUUCCCGUCACCUGUACACACGAUCGUCAAACCGUCCUCACCCUCCACCUCGCACAAUGCGCUUAAUGCAAAGCUUCACCUCGAGUGCUCCUCAAGCUACUCAGGCCGAUGCCACCACGAUGGACCAUAUCUUCUUCCCGGGCUCGGCUGCCCUUCAGGGAUCGUCUAACGACCCAUUCGCCCACCUCCGCGUCCCUUUACUCCCUGACAACUUCGUCGCUCACCACACCCCCGAGGCAACAGACGGCCCUGUUGCCCCCGCCCAAAUCAGCAUCGUUGCUGCAAACCCAGAGCUCGUAUCCCCAUCUGCCCUUACCGAGGUAGAAGGCAUGGGCAUCGACGGUGUCGAGCUGAAGUUCGUCCACGAGGAGGCGAAACCACAGCAAGAGCAGGGCAUGCUUACGAAUAUGUGGAAGGGCCUAGUCGACAAUGUGAUGGGUGGUAGGAAUAAAGGCAACAUUGCUCUUUAACACGUGCUGGCUUACGAUGGUCACGAAUCCAAUUGACGGGGAGGCGGUUACUAUGACAUGUUUUCAAGCUCUGCCGGGAUAAGGCAUCGAGCGGGCGGUUCUGGAAGUGCUUCGGGACCGGUUUGUGAUAUGUUGAUUUAAUGAAUUUGUUUGUGUGUUUUUGUUAGCGAGAGCGGAAAAGGUCAAUCUUUUUGAACAUAAGGGUCAGUCGAUCGUAUCAAUGAUACGCAACGCAAAUCCAAGAGCGACAUAGUCGAGUCGCAGAAAAAGGAAAGAAAAAAAAAGAAAGAAAGGAAUAAGCCUUCCUUGUGCGAGCUUCAAUUUGUGUGCUGUGUUUCGUCCAACUAGCUUCUGCUUGGGGUGUAGCUGAUGUUUGUAUAAAGCAAAUCAAAUAUGGUACAAGAAUCAUUGCUCUACAAAUGCCCAGCUUGCACGUAUUAGACA